CCUUCUUUCUCCGCCCACAGUUUCAGAGGUCGCUCGAUACCUUUUAUCCUUUUUUUCCCAUACUUUCUGUCCAUAUACUGUCUCAAAAUAGUGUGUCGACUUUUUAAUGUUUUUAUUUGUUUUGGUUUUCAGUAUCACUGUCGAGAUUCAUGCAGCAAAUGGGUUUUACUUUUCAAAUCGCCAUUAAUUAGCUCCGCACAGGCACACACACCGGGUUAAAAGAAACUAACUCUCGAGACGAGAGGGAAGAUGGCUGUUACAAGGAUUUUGAUUUACAUUUCAUGUCUCUGUUUUGCUCAAGAUUUUGUUUUCUGUGAUGACUAUGAAGAAAUUGGAAACAAGAUCACACUUACUCCAAGAAUCCGUGGAAAGCCUGAAGAAAUACUGUGGAAACACAAUGAGAACAAGGUUCUGGAGUAUGACGGGAGUGAGGUGGUGGAGUACGGCUCAUUCAAAAGCCGUGUAGUUGUUGAUUUUGAAACAGGAGAGCUCACAAUACAAAAAUUGAGCAGCCAAGACAGUGGCCAGUAUCAAUCUGACAUUGUGAUCAAUGGGAAAGUUCAGAGCUCCAGUCAUACUUUGACAGUUUUGGAUGCUCUGGCAGAGCCUCACGUGAGCUGUGAGCUGGAUGAGACUUCAAAUGUUAAAAAGCUGUUGUGUUCAGUGGAAUCUCAGACUCAGCUCAGCUACGAAUGGAGUGGACCUAAUAUAAAUGGUCACUUGGGACCAGAGCUUGUUGUUGAUAAACAGGAGGAAAACCUUGACUCUGUCUAUACCUGCACUGUGAAGAAUCAAGUUAACAGCAAGAGCACCAACUUUACUCUGGAAGACUGCCACACAGGCAGAGAAGGGUCUGCUGUGCUUGUUCCAGUCUUAAUAGUAACAAUACUUCUCAUUCUGCUUAUUGCACUGGCAAUAUUCUUAUAUGCACUAUAUAAACGAAAAAAACAAAAGCAAGCGAGGCCAUCUGAACCGAAAAAUAUGGACCCUGAAAAUGGUCAAGGCCAAAACCUGUUGAGUAAUGUCCCAACGGAGUCUGUGCCAGGUUCAUCUGAUGCUAUUGCCACACUCCCUAGUCACAUCAGACUUCCCUCUCAAAAAGAGUCUAUUGCUGAUAAAAAAUGGUAUCAGGACAAUAAACCAGAAAAUUUAGGUGAAACUGAAAAACUUUUGAAGGAAACAAAUAGAUUGCAAGAACAAAAUCUAAAGCAGAGUCCACAAUCUGAUGUGACAGAAACAAACCAAGAGAACACAGGAAAAGGAGAUGAAGGAGAACUGAAAUAUGAGAAGAACAGCGAAAAUGCAUUUGAAGCAGAAGGAAACACUUACAGCAAACCUGACGAAACAGAGAAGGAGAGCGAUAAACCCUUACAAAGCCAAGAAGAAGAGGAGAAAGAGAAAAGUCAGAUACUGAAACAGGAAAGUGAAAAUGGAAAGAAGUCGCCUGAGCAUCAGAACGAGAGACUAGAAGAGCAAAAAACUGAAGAUAAUAAUGAGGAUAAUCAGACACCAGGAGAGACAGAAGAGGUGUUAGACAGACCAGACACAGGUUCAUCUGAUGUCACUCUCCCUAGUCACAUCAGACUAACCUCUCAAAAAGAGUCUAUUGCUGAUAAAAAAUGGUAUCAGGACAAUAAACCAGAAAAUUUAGGUGAAACUGAAAAACUUUUGAAGGAAACAAAUAGAUUGCAAGAACAAAAUCUAAAGCAGAGUCCACAAUCUGAUGUGACAGAAACAAACCAAGAGAACACAGGAAAAGGAGAUGAAGGAGAACUGAAAUAUGAGAAGAACAGCGAAAAUGCAUUUGAAGCAGAAGGAAACACUUACAGCAAACCUGACGAAACAGAGAAGGAGAGCCAUAAACCCUUACAAAGCCAAGAAGAAGAGAAGAAAGAGAAAAGUCAGAUACUGAAACAAGAGAGUGAAAAUGGAGAGAAGUCGCCUGAGCAUCAGAACGAGGGACUAGAAGAGCAGAAAACUGAAGAUAAUAAUGAGGAUAAUCAGACACAAGGAGAGACAGAAGAGGUUUUAGACAGACCAGACACAGUUAUAGAUUCACCAGCUAACCUGGAGAAGGAACCUAUAAACAGCAGUGUCGCAUCUUCCAGUCAAACUGACCUACAUAAUUACACAGACCAAGACAAGGAAGAAGAAAGAAAACAUCCUGGACUGGAUCAGGAUGAGAAAAGAGAGGUUGUAACAAAUCAGGAAGAGAAAGGUGGCCAGGAUGCCUGAAGAAAAAAUCAUGACCCAGAGAUAUCUGAUGAAAUAAGCUGCAUUAACUUUGAGAAACAAGACAAUCAAACUGAUCCAGACAGUACAAUAAACACUGUGUCUCAGCAGCAGGGGCAUGACGAUGGGUUGAGUAACCAAGAUAAAGCAGUGCCGGCAUGCCCUGAGAAAUCAGACAUGACCAAUAAAAACCUUUACACCGAUUGAUAAUAACGCAAAGGUUAUGCAAAAUGAAGGAGAAACUGAAGCCAAAUAGAAACUCAACAUGGUCGACACUUAACUGAAGAAGAUGGUGGUGAUGGUGGACACAGAGACAAGAGCAAUGAGCCAGAACAAGGCAUGAUUCUCCAGAAAUGAGUCAAAAAUGAACAGAAGUUACAGGAUUGUAGUGUAAAUAACUCAAAACACAAACAAUGACAUGUCUGAGCCAAAGGACAGGAAAACAGAAAGUGACAGCUUCCCAAAACAUGCAAUGAAGGAAAAUCAUAGUUCAAAGUUUUGAGCAAACGUAUAUGGUGAUAGAAUUGACGGUGAGAUCAGCUGUGAAAGAUGAACAGAAAAACAUGGGUGAAGUAGAGCGAUGUGAAGGAAGUAGAGAGAGUUGUGAGAAGGAAAACACUGAAUGUGCGUCAGAAACAACAAAAGAUAAUGAAGGAAAUGAGGAACACACCCUACAGUAGAUGAGAAAGGAUAAUCAGCAUGUGCUUGAACAAGUUGUAGAGGAGAAGUAACAGUCCAAAUGGCUUUCAAUGUAUCACAUUCAUUUGGUACAGUGGCAAGAGUAAAUUUGUGUAGCAUUUGAAACUAUCUGGAUUUCCAAUGACUUUAUCCAACCUGUCCUGACAAUGAUCACUCAAUGUCAUACAUUUUGAAAAGUACCGUACAACUGUUUUUGCGUUAAUUUAGUCAGAUUAUGUUUAUCAAUAAUUGUGAUUUAGAGGAAGAUCAAUCCACAUUUUAUGAGUAAUCAAUGCAGAAAACUGUUCGCCAUAUUUUUUAGAACCAGUAGCUUCAUUGUAUGCCUGUGAUUGACUGAAGCAUAUGAGAAAAGUGGAAAGGAAUAAUAAAUGGUUGUAAAUGUUGUAUAUGCCAGCUAAAUAAAAAAAUAUUUAUUAAAAAAAAAAAAAAAAACUUGCCAAAGACAUAAAAUAUAUUUAAUGUCAUUGAAUUUCCUAAAAAUAUGAUCAUAUUAAUUGUUUAGAUAAAUAUUAGUCAUCAAUUAUUUAAGGAAAUAUUGUUCCCACGAUAAUCUCUGAGUGGUGAUGAAACCGCUCUAAUUCAGAAGCAGUUGUCCUCCUCAGCUCUGUCUUGAAGAACGCUGGAGAAAUGGCCAUAAAGCUUUGGGAAGGUUGGAGGUAGAGGAUAUUUAUUGGUUGGGAUGUGAAUAAUAAUGGCCUGUUUUAUUAAACUUCCUUUAGUUUUUCUUUCACAAAUUUAACAAACCAAAAUGUUUGCGAUUUUUUUUUUUUUUCUCAUUUAAUUAAAAAAAAAAAAACAUUCUUAAUAUUGAAUCUGUUCUUGGCUGAUUUCUAGAGAUCUUUGAUAAAAGUUUCCCUUUAAAAAUAGGACUUACAGGGCUGAUACUUUUAAAAAAUGUUUUUGUAUAUGUUAGAUACUUAUUUGUUCAUAUGUUUCCCAGUGAUUCAACUUGUUGUAUAGACAUGUUACAAAUAUCCUUCAAAAUAUCUUCUUCUGAGUUCCACUGUAAAGAAAGUCAUACAGGUUUGGAACGACAUGAGGAUGAGUAGAGGAUGAGUAAAUGAUGACAAAUUUUAUUUUUGGGUGAGCUAUCCCUUAAAAAAAUGUGAAUGAUUAUUUUUUUUUUCAUUGGUUUCUGGUUUAAUAUUAAAUUUAAAACAAAUUGUGAACUUCUUGAAAUAACUAUAGCUAAUUAGGAAUGAAAAUAUGCAAAAACGAAAAGUAAAAAGGUCAACCUGUGGUUCAAAAAGUUUUAUCAUUUUUGAUAAUGAGACCAAACAAAAUCGGUGGCAUAGCUUCUGUGAAAUGUAACUCUGAGAUGAUUAAGAUUUCAAUUGCAU